AUGGACGAGAAACACCCGCUGCCCCUUGCGCAUUCGGCCGAGCCCCAGCGACGCGAAUCCCCGCCUCCGCGUCGCCCCCUGCUGGCCGUCUUCAUGCGCGUUGCCGUCAUAGCUCUGCUUGCUCUGUUUGUCGUAUUCUCCCCGACCGGCUCCACGAUCGCCUGGAACCAAGACACCGAAGAUGUCGGCGCUGCCGCUCCCCAGAAACCCUUGACUGAGCCCAAAAAGGUGCCCUUGGAGGCACACAUCAUGUCGAAAUGUCCCGAUGCCCUCGACUGCCUGCAGCUGCUCGUGCUGCCUACUAUGGUCGAGAUUUCGAAUCGCAUCAACUUCACCCUCUCGUACAUUGGCAAGCCAACCGACCACGAUGACGGCGUCGAGUGUAAGCACGGCGAGAGCGAGUGCUUAGGGAACAUGAUCGAGCUGUGUGCGGCAGACAAAUACCCGGAUCCGAAAAUCUAUCUUGGCUUUACAUACUGUCUUGCUCGACAGUACCAGAAGAUCCCUCAGCGUCACAUGAUAGAGGACUGUGCGAUGGAGCACGGCAUUGAUUUUGCCAGGAUCAAUGACUGCCUGACCGAGGGCGAUGGUGGCUAUGCCGCCGAUUUGCUGCAGGCAAGUUUCGUGAGGAGCGCCGAAGCCAACGUCACCAAGAGUUGCACGAUCCGACUGGACGAAAAGAUCCGCUGCAUUCGGGAUGGAGGCGAGUGGACGGAUUGCCCUGCUGGCUCUGACCGCAAUUCGCUCAUUGCCGAUAUCAACGAUCUGUACGAUCAGCUCAACGGCGCGUAA